CUCACGGCCCCGGGAAGCGCGGGUGUCCCCCGUUUGCCAGCGCGCUGUUGCGGCCCCGAAACUUCUGCGCGCAACCCAAACUCACCCCACGUGAAGUGACGGACUGUUCUAUGACUGCAAAGAUGGAAACGACCUUCUACGACGAUGCCCUCAACGCCUCGUUCCUCCAGUCCGAGAGCGGUGCCUACGGCUACAGUAACCCCAAGAUCCUGAAGCAGAGCAUGACCCUGAACCUGGCUGACCCGGUGGGCAACCUGAAGCCGCACCUACGGGCCAAGAACUCCGACCUCCUCACCUCGCCCGACGUGGGGCUGCUCAAGCUGGCGUCGCCCGAACUCGAGCGCCUGAUAAUCCAGUCCAGUAACGGGCACAUCACCACCACGCCGACCCCUACCCAGUUCCUAUGCCCCAAGAACGUGACUGACGAGCAGGAGGGCUUCGCCGAGGGGUUCGUGCGCGCGCUGGCCGAACUGCACAGCCAGAACACUCUGCCCAGCGUCACGUCGGCGGCGCAGCCGGUCAGCGGGGCGGGCCUGGUGGCUCCGGCGGUAGCUUCAGUGGCGGGCGGCAGCGGCAGCGGCGGCUUCAGCGCCAGCCUACACAGCGAGCCGCCAGUCUACGCUAAUCUCAGCAACUUCAACCCCGGCGCGCUGAGCAGCGGCGGCGGGGCGCCCUCCUACGGCGCGGCGGGCCUGGCCUUUCCCGCUCAGCCCCAGCAGCAGCAACAGCAACCACCGCAGCCGCCGCACCACUUGCCCCAGCAGAUCCCCGUGCAGCACCCGCGGCUGCAGGCCCUGAAGGAGGAGCCGCAGACGGUGCCCGAGAUGCCCGGGGAAACCCCGCCCCUGUCUCCCAUCGACAUGGAGUCGCAGGAGCGGAUCAAGGCGGAGAGGAAGCGCAUGAGGAACCGCAUCGCUGCCUCCAAGUGCCGGAAAAGGAAGCUGGAGAGGAUCGCCCGGCUGGAGGAAAAAGUGAAAACCUUGAAAGCGCAGAACUCGGAGCUGGCGUCCACCGCCAACAUGCUCAGGGAACAGGUGGCCCAGCUUAAACAAAAAGUCAUGAACCACGUUAACAGUGGGUGCCAACUCAUGCUAACGCAGCAGUUGCAAACGUUUUGAGGCGAGACUGUUGGGGGCUGAGGGGCAAUGGAGAAAAAAAAAAAAUAGCAGAGAGACAGACUUGAGAACUUGACAAGUUGCGAGAGAGAGGGAGGAAAAAAAAGAAGUGUCGGAGGACUAAAGCCAAGGGUAUCCAAGUUGGACUGGGUUGCGUCCUGACGGCGCCCCCAGUGUGCACGAGUGGGAAGGACUUGGCUCGCCCUCCCUCGGCGCGGAGCCAGGGAGCGGCAGCCCGCGGGCUGCCCCGCUUUGCGAACGGGCUGUCCCCGCGCAAACAGAACGUUAAGACUUUUCUUUAACACUGACCAAGAACUGCAUGGACCUAACAUUCGAUCUCAUUCAGUAUUAAGGGGGGGGAGGGGGGAGGGUUGCAAACUGCAAUAGAGACUGUAGGUUGCUUCUGUAGUACUCCUUAACACAAAGGGGGGGGUGGGGGAGGGGAGGCGGGAGGGAGGUUUGUGAGAGCGAGGCCCAGCCUGCAGAUGAACUCUUUCUGGCCUGCCUUCCAUUACUGUGUAUGUACAUAUAUAUAUUUUUUAAUUUGAUGAAAGCUGAUUACUGUCAAUAAACAGCUUCAUGCCUUUGUAAGUUAUUUCAUGUUUGUUUGUUUGGGUGUCCUGCCCAGUUGUUGUUUGUAAAUAAGAAAUUUUGAGCACUCUGAGUUUACCAUUUGUAAUAAAGUAUAUAAUUUUUUUA